GCGCAGAACAUGUGGCACUCGCAUUGACUGCGACGAGUAAUGUUAUACGGUGCACGUUGUCGAUAACGCAAUCGAAUACGUCGAACAAUCCGAACAGUCGUUACCAAAGACACGUUCGAGACCGAAAUCCGUUUCGUUUACCGGCGAAAACCUAAACUACGAACUCGUACUCUGUGAUCUGUUAUCGGCCGGUAGUGGAAUCUCGUCGCGGGUAAUAUCACUACUACGACAGCUCGUCGGUCGUGCGCGUGACCUCGCCAGCCAGAGUCCGUCCGCGGUCCACGCGGCAUCGAACCAUCAGUAGACUUUGGGCCGCCGACACCACCGGUGUCUCUCGAGGAACACGCUCCGUCCGCACCACACUGCACCACUACCUGAACGACGUCAUGGCCACCUCGAAGACCAUAGUGCUGCCCGAGCCCGACCAACUGAAAAAGAUAUUCCAGGAUAUCGGGACCACCGAGGAGAAGAUCGACGUCGAGGUGAAGACACUGGUGGAGUGGAUGCGAAAGCAACCCCAUCUCCCAAACCCCGACGACGAGCGGAGGAUCAGGAUGUUUUUGAUAAUGUGCAAGAACAGUUUGGAAAGGACCAAAGAAUCGUUGGACCAGUACUACACCAUCAAAUCAAUGGUGCCUGAAUUCUUUAGCGAUAGGGAUCCUACAUCGCCAUCGCUCGUUCGAUCCAUGGGAAUAUCAAUUUUCAUCCCCUUGCCGAAACUUACGCCAGAAGGUCAUAGGAUCUCUUUAAGUCGUUUGAGGGAUCCGAGUGGUAUCGAUAAUUAUGAGUUCCUCGACUACGUGAAGGUGAAUUUCAUGUCGAUUGACAUCAGACUGUCCAAAUUAGACAUGUUCAAAAAGGAAACGUUCAUCUUCGACUUAAAACAUUUCUCGCUGUCUCUCUUGACCACCGUUGUGCCGCACGUGAAGAAAUUUAUUUACUGCGCGACGACCGCGUAUCCGUUGAGAAUUCACCAGGUGCACAUCGUCAACAUGCCCACCUACGCACAAUCCAUGGUCAACAUGGUCCUGGGGAUUUUGAAGAAGAAAAUCGCCAGCCGGAUCAUGAUCCACGAUUCCGUCGAAGAUCUGAAGAAGCACAUCAAACCCGAAUUGUUACCACUGGACUACGGCGGCACGUUCCCGAAAACUGCUGAAGAGAUGACCGAUGAUUGGAUCGAAGAACUGCAAAAACAUAAGGAAUGGUUUCUGUCACAGAAUUCGGUGGUUUGCGACGAGAGCAAACGGGCCAAAAAGCCAAACGUUAAGGUAAACAUGCUCGCUGGAGUCGAAGGUUCUUUUAGAAAACUCGAAGUUGAUUGAUAAUGGUUCGAUGGUUUUAUUUUCUAUUUAUUUAUUUUUUUUUAUUUCUAUCUUCAAUUUAUAACUUCAAUUUUACAAUUCUAGUUCUUCGGUCUUUAUGUAAUUAAUUAUUCGUUAGACUUAUAAAUUUUACGAAAGUGAUAUAAGGAUAUUUAUUUGUUUGUGUAGUUUAUUUUCUCGUAAUAAUAAUACGCGUUUUAUAAAUAUUUUGCUUUUGCUACGUAUGCUGUUUUACAUUGUAACAGUGUAAUUCGAUAUUCUUAUUUCUAAAAUGUACGAUUUUAUAUUAUAAUGUAAAAAAAAAAAAAAUAAAAUAUAGUUUGUACCUUUCUUAACUUG